AUUUUACAGUAGCAUAGCGUUGGCGGGGAGGGCCGAGAAAUUGCAGAUCGCGUAGGCCUUUCUUUGACAUGGUGGCCACCACCGCUGGCCGGGCUAAAAUGGCCCAUUGGUGAAACGCAGGAUCCACCUGCUCGUACGCUGAGGCCGGCCACCUCUGAUCUCUCUGAGCCCAGAGCUCUCUUGUGUGGGAGUGUGAAGUGGCCCCUCCGCGUACCUCCGUCCCAUCCCACCCUGGCCCAUCUCACCGGAACAUCAACCAAGUGCCACGUCUGCAGCGACAACCCCAGACCCCAGAGCCAUCCCAAGAUCAUCCACCUGCCUCCACGAAGCCCCAAACCCCCAGAGAAAGCACCAGACCACCACCCACCAUGGCGUCCGAGGAACCAGCUGCAGCACCAGCAGCAACACCAGCAGCAGCAGCAGCACCAACACCUGCCCCCGCCCCCCCAGCUUCAGCCGAGGAGCCAGCAGCCCAGAGCUCCAAGUCGGCUGAGACGCCGACGCCAGCAGAGGGCUCGGCCGAUGCCCCUGCGUCGGCCCCGGUCAAGAAGGUGGUCAGGAAGGUGGUCAAGAACUACAGCACCGACCCAGCACUGUACAUCUACACCUCCCUGACCGCGGGGAACCGCCACAUCAUCACAGCCACCUCGCGACUCGAGACCAUCCUGCGCGCCAACCGUGUGCCCUUCAAGGCCAUCGACGUCGCCACCGAUGAGAAGGCGCGCAUGCUCUGGGGCCGUCGAGCCGGCAAGGCUGCGGACGGCCGCGUACGGAGGCUACCCGGGCUCGUCCAGACCGGCAUAGUGCUCGGCGACAUCGUCGAGAUCGAGGAGUGGAACGAGUACGGCGAGCUGAAGCAGCACGUCAAGAUCUACUACGACGAGUUCACCCAGCCCAAGAAGGGCGCCGUCGCCCCCGUGCCCAAGUACAAGCAGCCCGAGAACAAGACCCCCUUCCCGCCCGCCAUGCCAAACCCGCCACCGCCGCCCGACCGGGUCAAGAGCGAGGCCGAACAGAAUGCCAACAAGAUCGCCGCCAUCGUCAAGGGCGCCAAGAGCCCCACCACCAGCAGCAGCGGCAGCAACAGUAACAACAACAACAACAACAACGUCGUCGCCGCCACCAAGAGCGUCGCGGAGGAGGCCGCGCAGAAGGCCAAGGAGGCCGCGGCGAGGGCGAAGAAAGCCAAGCUCGAGGCGCUGAGGGAGAAGGUCCACGGCAAGAAGGCCGAGGCGGGCGGCGAGGGGGCCGAGGCGGAGCAGGCAGACGCCCCGACAAAGGAGAUGUCGCAGCUAUCCGUCGCGGCCUCCGCGUCGUCGGCCGCCACCACCGCGGCGGGGCUGCAGUCUCCCACCAGCGGCGCGUGGAAGAGCAGCGGCGCCGGGGACAACAGUCUCGGCGCGGCGCUGCAUACAGUGCAGAGCCCUACCACGGCGACGUGGAAGGCGCAGAGCGAAGGGACGUUCGCCGGGGCCAGGGUGGCGAGCGCGAGCGCCGAGGAGAUCGAGAAGGUUGAGAGCCAGGAGGCUAUUAAGGAGGAGCCUGAGCCGGAGGAGGAGGAGGAGGAGGAGAAGUCGGAUACAGCCAAGCCGGCCGGUGAGGUUAAGGAAGGGGUCGAGGCGGAGGGGACCAAGGCAUGAUCGUUGCAGGACAAACAGAUCGCCGGAUUACAGCAGGGACCUCAGUACGGCUGUGUUCAACUGAUGUUGAUAUCAGUAGCAAGGAGUAUGGCAGUCGUGGUAAUUCCUAUAUGAGCUUUGGGUUUAGGAGGUGAGGAGUAUUUGCCUGGGACUUUCAGAUUUAUAUGUCGGGGUCGAGUAUCGGUCUCCCUGGAGUGUUGUUUAUUGAUAUGGAAUGCAAGCUCAAUGCAUCAAAAGGCCUGUCAGUUUUGAAUAUUCAUGCGACCAGACUCCGGCGAAUUGUAUCUCAGCCAACUAGUAACGUCUGCGA